UGUUCGAAUGUUGAGUUCAAAGACAGGAGGAGUAAACAAACUAGAGAGAAGGUGUUGCGUUAACGGCGCGAAACACGGAAUUUUCAGCGGAAUUAUGGAUGAUUUAUCCAAACAACAUCUGUGCAUCCAGCCAACGUUCCCUUUUUGAAGACUGAUGGAAGUUGACAACGGCUUUGAAAACCAGCUGCAUUCAUGUCCGAGGGAUAUUGUUAAACCACUGAGCUUAGUCAUGGAUGAUCAUGGAUCCCAGCCCCAUCCACGGAGCUCAGGUCUGAGGGUGUCGACCAAAAGCAAGGCACCAUCUCCGCCAGGACUAAAGAAGCUGGAUUCUCCAGGUUUCUCUCAGUGGUACCCAGGAAACCCUCAUUUAACCAUGGACCAGAAAGAGAACCUUAUUGAUAAAGACCUCUCUCUGGUUGUGGUUUUGCCUGGUGGAGUAGAAAAGAUGACCACGGUCCAUGGCAGCAAACCCCUUAUGGAUCUAUUAGUGACGCUUUGUGCGACGUAUCACCUGAACCCAUCGAGCCACACCUUAGAGCUGGUCACCGCCAACAGGAACAACAUCAAACUCAAGCCCAAUGCUCUCAUAGGAACUUUAGAUGCGGAGAAGAUUAUACUUAAACCUAAAGGGGAAGAUAAAAAUAAGAAGGCAAGUCCUCAAAUGCCUGAGGCAACUGUUCGGAUGGUGAUAAACUACAGAAAGACCCAGAAAACGAUACUACGAGUCAAUCCCAGAGUUCCCUUGGCUGAACUCUUACCAGCAAUAUGUGAGAAAUGUGAAUUUGACACGGAGACUACAGUUUUAUUGAAAGAUGUCCAAUCACUGACCCCUUUGGACUUGUCCAAUUGUCUUAAUGAUUAUGCAAUAAGGGAGGUUUAUGCAAGAGACACAAAAGGACAAUCUGCUUCUCCUGUUUGUCCAGCCUCGCCAAGUCAUGCAGGGACAGUCACGCCUGGCAAAGAUAAAAAUCAGAAGGAGAAAGAAAACAAAGGCCUCUUCAGCAAGUUUAGAAAAAGCAAGAAAAACUCUGAGCAGGCAUCGACGGCCAGUGCCCCAGCUUCUCCAGUGCUCGUGAGCAAGCCUCGACCACUCAGCAUGGCCUUACCUAGCACAAAUGUGUCUCCGCUCAGCUCUCCCACCAUCCCCACCGAUGUGCCAAAGAAGAGACGUGCACCCCAGCCCCCAAUCCUUGUGUCUCAGAGCUGCUCCUCGGACCUCAGCGCUCGCAGGAGACUCAACUCUGAACCUGGCGCCCAGCUGGACAGUGACCAGAUGGCUGGUUUAAGUCGUGGGUCCUCAGCAGAGUCUUCACUGAAAAGAACCAAGCGCAAGGCUCCCCCACCCCCCACAUCCCCUAGUGCUGUUGUCCAAGAAACGGUUCCUCUGGAUGAAAACUUGCAAGGGGGUUCAGCUGCUAACACACUGGAGGAGAUUAUGGAGCAGGAGGAGACAACUCUUUCUGUAAUGUCUGCAACUGCUAGUGAUACCCAGGGAGAGGACAGCAGCCUCAACAUGUCAGCUGAUGUUUCAUUGCAUUCCCCGUCCCCAGACACAGAGAUACUGAGCACAACGUCAGUGGAGGGCAGUGGGGAAGAUCAGUCUCGUGAUCUGUCCUCAGAUGGCAAUCAACUGCAGAGCACAGGGAAUGAUUCUGCAACUCUCAGUGAUGUGAGGACAGUUGCUGGCACAGACUCAUCUGAACAGGCAGAUACAAAUGGUGGUCCGUGUCAAGUUGAAAAUGUAAGCCAACAGCCAAUCUGUGAAGUUGAAGAUUGCAGCACUGCACCCAGCAGCCUCCCUCAGCCGGUAACGCAGGGUGCAGAAGCACAGGCCUCUGUUCAGGCAAACACUGAAACCCUCUGGGAGCAGACUGACAGGUUGGUGAACCCAGUGGCCAUCAGCACAUCACGCCCCAUUGGAGAGGAUGCUCAAGUGCAAACAGAUUUCACACCGCUUCCUGUGCCUCCUCAACAACAACAACACAUGGGCAAGUUUCCCUCCGCAGCUAAUGUGCCUGCCCUUGAGUCAGGGGAGAAGAAGGAUACGGCCACUUUGACGGACGUGCUGGACCCACCUGACCUCGAAAAAGAUGCCUUAUCCCACACCUCAGAGACCUCAACACCAAGUGCCCCUGCCACAACUAAGACUAUUUAUGCCACAGACUCUGAGCCAAAGCCCAAGCCUUCCAACGAGCUGACAAGGGACUACAUCCCCAAGGUGGGGAUGACAACGUAUACUAUUGUGCCUCAGAAAUCUCUGGAGAAACUGAGAUAUUUUGAAGUCGCUUUGACACUGGAGGCGCCUCCUGCAGCUCCAGAAGAGGGACUUGACAUCGGUUCUCUUCAGUUAGAGGAGAGCACAGCAGCGAGGGGACAGACAGAAGUUUCAGAGGAAAAAAGAGAGCUGCACUCUUCUGUACCCAGGGAAGACUUACUGACUAGCACUGCUACUACCCAAGACACUGUUAACGGAAGUAUACCUGAAUCUCCUCAUUCCUCAUCACCGACAAGUUUACUUAAAGCAGAUGACAUGAUCUCACCCUCUGCUAAUGGGGCAUCUCAAGCAAGUUCACCAGCAGAGGUCAAGGAGACGAAGAUUCCACCCGCAACUAAACCUAAGCCUGGUUCUUUCCGCUUGGCACAGCACAAAAAAUCACCUGGGUAUUACGUAACUUCAGCAGCAGAGAAAAGUCUUAGUGCCAGUCCUGGCUCUGGCCAGAGGGAGGCUCAGGGAAGUGCAGAGAGAGCAAUGUUACCACCCCCGCCUCCUCCACCUCCUGUGCAGUGUCAGGAGGAGACAACAGGGGCCGCUAACGUCCAGCUGAGCCCCAAAGGAGAUGACAAGGAUGUAGCCAUCAUGCGAAUGACCAGGCAAAGCAGUUUGCCGUGUAAAGAGCAAAGUGUGGGGUUAAGCUUGGAAAAAUUAAGAAGCUUUGCAGCCCCUAGGCCCUAUUCUCCCGCAACCCCGUCCCGCUUUGCCCAGGCAGUGUCCUCUGCUGUGAAAAGGAGCCAGUCCUUAUCCCAUGGUCCAAAGUCACCCAGCUCGCCUGUUUCACCGACGUUUUCUCCCAUUACAAGACGCCCACCAAUAGCAGAGUCAAAAGGAUCGUCUAAGCUCAAGGAUGGUGAGAACAGAGAGGUGGAGAGUGACAAAGGCUCCAUUCUGCAGGGAGUUGAGUGUGAACCACCAACUUUUAGUGCUCAAAUGGAAGGAGAGAGCAGUCCAUAGCAGUGUCUUCAUUCUUCUGACAAUCUAUCAUCUACUGAGGAGCUUAUCCUGUAUACUUUGAGUUCUCCAGAACCCUUCAUCCCACGGCACAGAAGCAGCAACCGUCUUAUGUUUUACCUCUUUUGGUAGUCUCCAACAGUGUACAUAAAAUGAUGUAUGUUGAUAAUUAAUAAUUGCUGUAUUUUGGUUUAUGUGUCACAUGUCAUUAAGUAAUAUUCCUGACUGACCUGCAUAUUUGAAUGCUUCGCUUUUACUUUUGUGUGACGAUUAUCUUGCAUUUAAUGCGUUACUGUUGUGAGUGAACAAGAACAUUAAAUGAUAACAAUUCUAUAAAUUAUUCCACUGAUUUCCAGAGUUGUAAUAUUAUUGGGUUUAUUCAGAAAAUGUAUCUAAAUAAUACUGGAUGUUUAGGACAGGGCAGGUCUGACCUAUGGUACUUAAAUGCUCCUUAGAUUAUGCAUCAAAUCUAUAUUUAAGUAUUACAGAGUUUUGAUUAAGCUUUAUGCAGAAAUACACUGAUGUGUACAGCACACCUGUUGUUCUUGUCAAACUGAGUUGUUAUGAAUAAAGCGUUUAUCAUUUC